CACCAACGGUUUUACUAUCGUCACAAAGAACUAAACGCACAAUUUGGAUGUAUAAAUAUGAUGGUUGAUGACAAGCUCUGCCCUUCUGUGUUAAGACGGCGUCCACAAUGGGUGCUCUUAACCUGAAGACCCUCCUAGUCGUGAGUUCUGUCUGCCUUUUGGCAACAACGGGGGACUCCGUGAUGACUUGGGUCUCACCAAUGUACGCCAAAUUGUACUCCGACGAUCCAUCAAUAAACCCCCUCGGAAGGCCAAUCACCAGAGAAGAAGACACAUGGAUAGGCUCGAUCAUAAACAUUGGAUCAAUGGUUGGAGGUAUACCGUUUGGAUUUUUAUCGAGCCACUGCGGUCGAAAAAUUACUUUGUUAACCAUCGCAGUGCCUUACUUCAUCUCCUUUGUGACUUUGGCCUUCGCCACUGAUGUAAAUUUGUACUACUUCGCCAGGUUACUAGCAGGAAUUGCUAUUGGUGGUGGCUACACCCUUCUUCCCACAUACGUAACUGAAAUAACCGAGGAUUCGACUAGAGGACUCAUGACAUCAUUGUUAAAUUGCUUCUGGACCUUCGGCAACCUCAUUCCUUACCUCAUUGGUCCCUUCAUGUCGGCGUUGUGGUUUAACGUAACUCUGGCUUGUUUACCAGUCAUGUUCUUCAUUUCAUUUAUGCUUAUAGCACCAGAAUCUCCAUACUAUUUAAUAGGAAGAAACGAAGUUGACAAGGCCGAACAAGCUUUGAUAACACUUAGAUCUGGCAACAAAUCUACGGUGCAAAAAGAGUUGGAGCACAUAAAGAACGUCGUGGAAAAUGAAACGCACGGCUCCUUAUCGGAAAUUGUCAAAUCCAGAGUGUUAAGGAAGGCGAUGUGUAUCGCCAUGCUCAUUGUGAUCUUCCAACAAGUGUCAGGUAUUAAGGCCAUCAUGUUUUACCUUCAGUUCAUAUUCGCAGCGACGGGUAGCUCAAUACCUCCAGAGUACUCGUCAAUGAUCUUUGGUGUUGUGCUGUUCGGUUCGAGCUUUAUAGCACCUUGUUUGGCUGACAAGUAUGGCCGAAAGGUCCUGUUAACCGUUUCCUCCUUGGGCGCCACCGUGGCUCUUGGAGUUCUCGGUGGGUUCUUCUAUAUACUGAAUGAAACUGACAUAGAUACGUCGUCGUUCAGUUGGUUGCCCAUCCUUUGCCUCAUUUGCUUCGUAAUCUUCUUCAAUCUGGGCCACGGUUCUGUUUCUUGGACCGUAACUGCAGAACUGUUCCCGAGCAACGUUCGUUCCUAUUCUGCGACAAUAGUUUCCAGUACUACUUGGUUAACUGGAUUUUUCGUAACUAAGUACUUCAGCGCUUUGAGGGACGCCGUCCAGGAUCAAGGAACGUUUUGGUUCUUCAGCGCCUGUUGUCUGGUGGCCACGCUGUUCUUCGUGUUCGUCCUUCCCGAGACCAAGGAGAAGAGUUUCGACGAGAUACAGAAAAUGUUAGAGAAUAAGAAGAGCAAAAGCGACUCUAAAGACGCUAAUGACAAUGUAUAAAUAAUUAUUUUAUAUUAAAAUUAUUUUUUUAA